UCUUGGGUUCGGUUUCGUUGACGGACUAGACAAAUUAUAAACAUGGAUUUUAUUAAGAGGAUCAUCUGGAAACGUCAGCUGACCAAGGUUGAGGACCCGAUAGACAAGUUGAAGGCGACACUCCGAAUGCUGGAGAAAAGGGAGAAGGUUCUUAUAAAGAAGGCUUCUCAAGAGGUUGAGGAAGCAAAGGAGCUCUCUAGAGCAAAUAUUAAAAGGGCGGCAAUUCAAUGCUUGAAGAGGAAGAGGUUGUAUGAACAGAGAAUUGAGCAGCUUAGAUAUUUCCAACUUCCGAUUCGCGAUCAGAUAAUAAUGUUAGAAGGAGCAAAAGCAACAACUGAGACUGUGGAUGCUUUGAGAACUGGAGCAGCAGCAAUGAAAGCAAUGCAGAAGGCGACAAAUAUUGAUGAUCUGGACAAGACAAUGGAUGAGAUUAAUGAACAAACGGAGAACAUGAAACAAAUUCAAGAGGCAUUGUCAACUCCCAUUGGUGCAGCCGCUGACUUUGAUGAGGAUGAGCUUGAAGCAGAGCUCGAAGAACUGGAAGGCGCUGAGUUGGAAGAGCAGCUCCUUCAGCCCGCCACAACAGCUCCUGCUGCUCCAGUGCAUGUCCCCAACUGGUCCUGGUCCGCGUCCAGCCCGCCCUGUUCCUCAGAGGACAGCUGAGGAGGAUGAACUUGCUGCUUUGCAGGCUGAGAUGGCACUUUGAGCAGGUCUUGCUGCUCAUAGUUAACUGAGGCUGUGUAAAGACCUGGCCAAAACCUGUAAUAUGGACAUUCCUGCUGCUGUGCUGCUAUGCCUAUGCAUCAAUAUUUUUCUGUGGAUCCAUACUGAAAAGACGUGUAUAUAAAGGUUGCACGAUUCAAAAGAUGUCCCCCUUUGAGACUUGUAUUCUGCUUUCUGGUGCUUCUAGUGUGGUCUCUUUUUUUAAUUUCAACUUCAUGUCAAACCUUAUUGUUUGGAAGACAUCUCUAGAUAUCUCAGGGUAGGUUUUUAUUUUCCCUUUGUAUGUCACUGUUAAAAUUAAUGUGGCUGAAUCUCUGAGGGGGGCGGUACUUAUCAUGAGCGAUAUGCUUUAUUAUACGUCUAGUGGAAGACA